AUGUCAUCCAAGCGUAUCGUGCUCAUCACCGGUGCCAACACCGGCAUCGGAUACGAGACAGUCAAGGCCCUGCUGCAAUCCGAAAGGACGUACCACAUCAUUAUCGGAUCAAGGUCUGUCGAAAAAGGCGAAACUGCGCUGGCCGACCUCACGAAGGAAUUUCCGUCCACAGCAAGCUCUUUAGAAGUCAUUCAAGUGGAUGUCGCCGAUGACGAGUCAAUCCUGGCCGCUUUCAAGAAUGUGAAGGAGAGGCACGGGCUCCUUGAUGUACUGGUCAACAACGCUGGCGCCUCCCAUGACUUUGGGCCUCACAACUACAACCCCGAGGACAUCAAAGCCAUUCGCCAGAAUCUCAACAAGUCAUACGACGUCAACACAUCCGGAACCCACGUCAUAACUCAUGUUUUUGCCCCUCUUCUCAUCAAAUCCUCCGAUCCUCGCCUUCUCUUCAUCACCAGUGGGCUCUCUACUCUCAAUGGCAUCGACAGCGUUGGCCUACUCCCGUUCCAACCAGGGACUAUAACGCCUGCGGGCUGGCCCAAGCCCUUCACUCUUCAGGCCGGAUACCGGUCUAGUAAAACCGCGCUGAACAUGGUCAUGCAGAACUGGCACUGGCUACUCAAAGCGGAUGGAGUCAAAGUGUGGUGCAUUUCCCCCGGUGCCCUGGCAACGGGCUUAGGAGGAAAUCCGGACUUGUUGAAGAAGAUGGGCGCGGGUGAACCAAGCCAGGGAGGCAGGCUGAUCAAGCAGGUGGUGGAGGGUGAACGGGACUCUGAUGUCGGCAAGGUCGUGAACAAGGACGGUAUUCAGCCUUGGUAA